AUGGUCUUUCUACUUGAUCUUCAAGCAAUUCAGCUCCCGUCAAUAUACGAGUUGUUAAGAAAAGUGUUUGCAUCACCUAAUAUUAUAAAAUUGGGUUUUAGAUUUAAACAGGAUUUAGUUUAUUUAUCCUCCACUUUCUGCUCUCAAGACUGCAAUCCUGGUUUUGAUAGAGUAGAACCUUUUAUAGAUAUUACAAGCAUAUAUAACUAUCUACAACAACCUAAGCAACUUGGAAGAAAAGUACCAAAGCAAACAAAGAGCUUGGCAGCAAUCUGCAAGGAAGUUUUGGGCAUUUCACUUUCAAAGGAACUUCAAUGUAGCGACUGGUCACAGCGCCCCUUAACCAAAGAGCAGAAGAUGUAUGCAGCUGCAGAUGCUUAUUGCUUGCUUGACAUAUUUAAGGUCUUCCAGGCCAAAAUUGUUAGAGAAGGACAUUCUUCUCGAAAUUCCAGUAAAAAUUGGUCAUCUAACUUUGAUUUGGGGUUGAAGCAGAUUUUUGAGACACCUGACAGUUGCAAUUUGGUAACAAGGACUAGACUUUGUGAAGCUUCAGAUAUGAUACGCGUCAAUAUACCUGAAUUACACAGCACCGUACAGACAGAUGCAAAGUUAGAUUCCAUGAAGUCUUGUGAAGUUACAAAACAAGUAGAUGAGGCACUCUUGUGGAUUAUUAGAAAAUAUGGUGACAGAAUUUUGUUAAAGGAUUCUGAUAGAAAGCCUAAAACUUCGAAAAAGAAAGUUAAAAAAUCUUCUGCUGGAUUGAUGUGCAAAGAAAAGAGACCAGAAAUUACAGAUGAUUGGCAAGGCCCUCCUCCAUGGGAUCCAGCAUUGGGUGGUGAUGGAUCCCCUAAGUUUCUGUGUGACGUGAUGGUUGAAGGCUUAGCUAAGCACCUACGGUGCGUUGGGAUAGAUGCUGCAAUUCCACAUUCUAAGAAGCCUGAAACCAGGGAUUUAAUAGACCAAGCAGACAAGGAGAAGAGGGUUCUCUUAACACGGGAUGCCAAGCUUUUGAGACACGAGUAUUUGAUAAAGAAUCAAAUAUACAGGGUGAAGAGUUUACUUAAAAAUGAACAGCUGCUCGAGGUAAUUGAAACAUUUGAACUGAAAAUUUCCGAGGAUCGGCUGAUGUCAAGGUGCACUAAAUGCAACGGGAAGUUCAUCCCGAAACCAUUAUCUACUGAAGAGGCUGUAGAAGCUGCCAAGGGAUUUCAAAUUAUUCCGAACUGCUUGUUUAAGAAGAAUAUAGAGUUUUGGCAGUGUAUUGACUGCAAUCAACUUUACUGGGAGGGAACUCAGUAUCAUAAUGCAGUACAGAAAUUCAUUACUGUUUGCAAGUUAAACGAGUAA